AUGGCGCUGGCAGUGAUGGGCGCCAGCAGCAAGGCUCCGGCGAGCUCAGGAGCCUCGAAGGUCACCAAGGCUCCGAAGAUGGACAGCAAGAAGGCCUUCGAGAUUCCAGGCCUCCAGGCCCGGCCUUACCACGACGACGAGCUGCAGGUUGCCUUCGAGAUCAUCGACCUUGACCGACAUGGCGAGAUUGGUUCCGCUGAUAUCCGGAGAGCGCUGCAGCUUUGUGGGGAGAGCGAGCCCACAGAUGCGGAAAUCCAGGAGAUGAUCCGCUUGAUGGAUCCGGAUGGUAGUGGCUCCAUCGAAUUCCCGGAGUUCCGGCGUUACUUUUUUGACCCGCCUCCGCUAUUUCGAAACUUCGACCUCCACCGGCGCGGUGGGGGCGAACGGGACCUUGAGGAGGAAGUGGGAGAAGGUGAGCCGCUGCCUGCGCUGGAGGACAUCUCCGGAGGGGACGAGACACCAGAGGGCGUGCAGCGAUCGGACAGGAAGAAGAAGUUCACCAUCAAGGCCGCCGAGGAGACUGGCGACCCGCGCUUCAAGCACAUCAAAAGCCUCAUCAAGGGUGGAAUCACACCGGACAUCAUCCGCCACAUCUACCAGAGCUUUGUGGAGCUUGACGACAGCGACUCUGGCUACAUGUCAUUCCAGGCUUUCUGCAAAGUCUUUGGGAAGGAGCCCGCUGCGGACAUGCGGGAGAUCUUCGAUGCCUUCGAUGCCGAGCACGAGGGAGAGCUCGACCUCCGACAGUUUGUGAUCGGACUCUCCACGUUCGCCAAAUCGGGGCUGGAAGAGAAGGUCAGAUUCGCCUUCAUGAUGUACGACGAAGAGCAAGAAGGGUCUGUUUCGCGCGAGGAGCUCACAGACCUCCUCCGCGCCCUGUCGCCCUACAUGCGCAGUGCUCACCGCGAUGCACACCUGGAGAGGAUUUACGCCUUCAACAACUUGCACCCCAACUCGAGAGUUGCCUUCGACGAGAUCAUGGACCUCUGCUCAAAGCAGACCACAGACCGGAAGUUCGUUUGGAGCCCUCACGACCCGACGCCGGUCCAAGCAAGGGAUGACUUCCUCCAGACCUUCAGGCUGCUGAACGUCACUGAGGUCAAUGGGCGAUCGAAGCCGAAGUCGCAGCCGCAGGAGGACAUUUUCAGAGAUCUGUUGCAAGUUCUCGCCUCCAGGGACAGCCGAGAGCGCCGGGAGGAGCGCAAGGAUAGAGGGAUCGUGGCCGCCUUGGGCAUGCUAGGCAUGAUCGAGGUGAGGAUGGAUGUCUACCUGCUUGGAUGCACCGUGUCGCAUAGGCUCCUUUUCGAGCUGGUGGACUAUAUUUGGGAAAUCAGCGUGGCCACAGAUGGAGGUUGCUCACAGGACGCGAGGAGCAUGCCAAGGCUCCUGGACGAUGAGAGCCUUCGCAGCAAGCUAUGGCGCUCCUUCUUGGCAGAGGGUCGGGCAAUCCACAGCAAGGAAAUGAAGGAGGCGUGUGCCUUUUACGAUGCCGUGCGCCGAGAUGCCCGCCGAUGCGCUCCAAAGACGGUGGUGGAGGUCUGUGGCGGCCACGGUGGCUUGGGGAUGCUCUUCGUCGCUCACGGAGUCGCAGGGCGUCUCGUGAUCAUCGAUCAGUCCAAGCCACCUUCGCACGAGCUCCUGAGAGCUGCCUGGUCCGAGUACCUGCAAACCGCUUCUGUGUCCUACGAUGAGAGGCCCUUGCGACAGGCAUUGCCUGAAGUCCUCCGUGCCUGCGAUGACAGCGUGCUGGUCGUCGCCUGUCACGCUUGUCAGCACUUGGCGCGGGAGAUUGUGGACUGCUGCCUGGCUCGCAAAGCCUCCUUUGCCGUCUGUCCCUGCUGCCCGAAAGAUCCGGACGGAAGUAUUCAAGCCGCAGCAACAGCCAUGGGCGUGAACUUCAGUGCGGCCAUGAUCCUCGCAGAAAUGGGUCGAGUCGCACCGCGCUGCCGCGUUGCGCUCCGGAUGUUCGACUCUCAGAUCUCACCGCACAACCGCAUCAUCUUUGGCCGCCUCGGCUCUGGCGACGGCGACCACUCCGAUCCACGCGCUUCUGUAGAGGACGGCCAGAACGGCGAGCUCGAGACUCGCGGCGGUUACUCAAACGGUGCCGAGGAAAGGCUGCGACGUGCAUAUGAAAGAGCGCAUGCUCACUCACACGGGACAGCUGCAUCUAGUACAGCGGGCCUCUGGUCGACAGAGGAGGCUUUCGCAUCGCUCCGUCGGGGCGACGACGAGCUGCGCCGGAAGACGGAUGCUGUGCAUGAGCUGCUGGCGCCCCUGCGAGGCGAGGGCAGCUUGGCUGCUGCCUUGGACGCACUCGAGGUGCGAGAGUCGCCUCGUCAGCACUUCCGAGCCAGGACUAUCGUCGCAGUGGGAGCCAGCACCACGUCAGACGGCUCGGACGGCGCGGGUCUUUUCAGGUACGUGCCAGAUGGGAGCCGCGGCCUCACACUCGAGGCCAACAUAAGCAAGGAGACGUUGCUCACCCAGAUCUCUGCCGCACUUCCGGCUGUUGCGGACCUGCUGGGAAGUUCGGAGCGGCUGGGUGAGAUGCUUCGCGGAUUGCGCUGCGUGAAAUUUCACGGCACUCUCGGCGGACGACCGCCUCAGCUGCUGGUUUGUUUGGUCUACGGCCCCGAGGCUGCUCCCGCGGAAGGAUUUCUCCUGGAGGAGCUGCGCCUUCGUUUGGAGGAGGCACUUUGCGCAGCGGGACACGCUACCAAGGUUGUCACGAUGGCAUCCGCCAAGGGCACAAUGCGAUGCUCUCCGGAAGGCUGUGACUUCGUGGAUGAACUUCUGGAGAUUCCAGGCCGAGGGCCCGUGAGCUAUCGCCAGCCUUUCGGGCAGUUCUCGAACCCGAACCCGCACAUAGCGAUCGCUACUGCCGACUGGCUUUCUGAAAUUGUCCAGCAUGAGCUUGGUGGCACGACGGACUUGUUGGAGCUGUACUGCGGUGCCGGGAGUCAUACGCUGGUACUGGCACCCCUUUUCCGGCACGUCUUGGCAGUUGAGAUCAACCGGCACUUAGUUGCUGCUGCAAAGCACAACGUGGCAUCGAAUGGCCUGGACAAUGUAACCGUCAUGCGAGCACCCUCCGAAGACUUUUGCAGGCGGGUGCUCCGUCGCCGUGGCUAUGAGCUGCGUAGUGAACAUGCUCCGCCUCUUCAACUUCACUUCGGAUGCACUGUCGUGGACCCACCCAGAGCCGGUUUGGACUCGGUCACCCUGGAGGCAGUAGCAGGCUAUGACCAUAUCCUUUACGUCUCCUGCAAUCCACAAGCACUGCGAUCCAACCUAGAUGCUUGUCUUGAGAGCGCAUGUCGAGAUGGCCGUGCACCUCAGAAAGCGUUCCUCAUCGAAGUCCUAGCCCUGCUCUUCCUUUGGAUGGCGCCUGCAAACGACGAGAUGGUCCUGUGGCGGAGCACCAUGAAGCUGGCUGAGGUAGACACUUUGAAGAUCACAGAUGACGAUGCAGCCUUUAUCCUUGGUAAGGGUGGCAAGACCAAGGAAAAGAUCGCCCGUGUAUCGGGUGCCGACAUUGAGCUUUUCGAGAGAGAUCUUAUAUUGGAGAUCCGGGGAUCGAAGGUUCAGCGGCGCCGGGCGAAGAAGUACUGUGAGGGAGUCAUGGCGCAGAGAACUGGACCUGUCAACAUCACCGAAGAGUAUAAUGAUGACGACUUGACCAUGCUCUUAGUUCCACAAGAGACCGUUGGUUUCGUUACGGGUCGAGGAGGCAAUUUUCUGCGCACUAUCGAAGAGGAGUGGGGCACCCUCAUGUUCUUCUGCGAAGUGGGCUCGGGCCGGCGGGAUAAGGACUACGAGAAGCUCGCCAUCUUCGGUGACAUUCGCGGCCGCCGGGGCGCGGAGCUGAAGGUCUUAAGUGCCAUUGAGACGAAGAGUCCAGGCUACCUCGGCAAGAUUAAGCAUGAAGUUAUUGACCGUGACAAAGGCAAGGAUCCGGAAGGCACAUGGUCCACAGACACCAUGACCUUCCAGGAUGACGAGCUGUCCUAUGCCCUGGGCAAGCAGGGUGGUACGCGCAAGAAGCUCGAGCGAGCGUCAGGAUGCAUUGUGCAGUACGUUGGGCAUACUUGCCUCUUCUCUGGAACGCGCGCUGAGCGCCGCCGAGCCAAAGACUACAUGAAGUGGCUCUUCGCCCAGCUCGAGGGUCCAGUCUACGUGGACGGUUGGGAGGACCGCGACGACUGCUGUGUCGUACAUGUACCUUCGGACUGCAUCGGUUACAUUACCGGUAGCCGCCGCGCUACAUUGGGCCGAAUGGAGGAAGAGUGGGGGACGCUCAUGUUCUUCAUGACAAAGGACGGAGACAAGGGCGGACGAGCCGGUCAGGCGGAGAAGCUCAUCAUCUGCGGCAACGAGCGUGGCCGACGAGGUGCUGAGCUCAAAUGCAUGAAUGAAAUUGAGAAGAAGGCGCCUGGGCAUUUCUCCAGGGGCCUGAGGGAAAAGUUCUCCGACAGCAGAGGGUUUGACACAGAUCGCAUGGCCAUCAAAGAAGAUGAGCUGAGCUACGUCAUCGGAAAGGAAGCUGCCACGCAGAAGAAAAUCGAAAAGGCUGCUGGCUGUAUCCUACAGUUCGUUGGGCGCUAUGCGUUCAUGGCCGGUAUCGGAAAGGAGCGCCGCCGCUGCAAGGAGUACAUCGGCUGGCUGCUACAGCAAUUGAAAGGUGCCGUGACCAUACCAGAUGUGACAGACAGGGAGGACUGCACAGAGAUGCACAUUCCUGCAAAUUGCAAGGGCUGGGUCACCGGAAACCGGGGUUCCGAGCUUCGCCGCAUGGAGCACGAGACCUCCACUUACAUGUUUAUGGCCUUGGACGGCCGUGGUGAUGAGCGGCUUUGCAUCUUCAGCCACGAAGCAGGAUCCAAAGUGUCCAACACGGGCCGCAUGGCAGCAGAGCGGCUUGUCAACGAGUUGGUACAGGAGAAGCUCCGCGGAGACGAGGACCGGGGUCGCUCGGAUUCUCGAGGUCGGAGCCCACCGCGACGGCGUUCUGACUCGCGUCGACGCUCUCCGUCGCGGUCUCGAAAUCGAUCGCCCCCUCGCCGGUCGCCCUCCUACAGGGGCGGAGGUGGAGGCGGGGGCGGAGGCGGACGCGGUCGCGGUCGUGACUCGCGUGCACGCAAUGACUCCAGACGUCGCUGA